AUGCCUAAAUCCGAUUCACGACCACGCACUAAAUCAAGAAAUGGAUGUCAUACAUGUAAACGGAAACGACUUAAGUGUGAUGAAACAAAGCCUGCAUGUAUGAAUUGUAGGAAACGGAAAAUUGAAUGUGGUGGAUAUGCUGUUAACUUUAAAUGGAAAUCUUUUAAUGAAACUGAGACAGCGGCCACAACCACCUCCGCCACACCUCAUAGCAGUGGCUCCGACCACGAAAGUCCAAUCGCCACAAAAAACAAUGUUGAAUUGAAACAGCAUUUGGAAUUAGUGUCAAUAUCAGUCACUGGCAAGUCAAUCAAUGAAAUCAAUAAAGAAAACCAUUUGAUAUCUCUAGGAUUGAAUCCUAAUAGUUAUAAACGUAAACAAUCUCAUGAAACCAAUGUGAUAGAAGAAGAACCAGCACCAUCAGCAUUGUCGACCCCAGUUGACUCAAACAAUACUAAAUUAAACUCAUUGGUAGAAGCAGCAACAUCCAUAAUUGACAAGCCCGGUGCCAGUUUACCAAAUACUCCUGGGUCAGCUUCUCUGGUUUUCUCCACUUCAGAAUUCGCCCUGGACAAGACCAAGCCAACUGACCUAAGUCCACAAUAUGAUUUUGGUGCAACUCCGUCUUCAUUUUCUGCAAUUGUUAACUUCGCAUUUGAAGAUAUCGACGCAUUGAACUUGAUUGAAUCGCAAACACCCACAUCAACAGCAGUUGUUCCCGCCAAACCUACUUUCGACUUGCAUCCCAUUAACAACUCACUCAUCCACACAUCAGAAGAGCAACAUCUACUUUUUCUUUAUUCCGAGUAUACGUGUCACAUAUUGUCAAUCAAAAAUGGCCCUAGAGAAAACCCAUGGCGGGAAUUAAUCUUGCCCAAGGCAAUGAAAUACCCCUGUUUAUAUAAUUCAAUUGCAUCCAUGACAUUAUUCCACCUUUCUGGUUCAACUAGCGCUCAAGCAGCUGAUAUGAGAGCAAAAGGUUAUUCGUAUAUGAAGAAAUGUGUGUUUGACCUUUUAAAGGGAUUGUCCAAUACUAAACCAGAAGAAAGUACUUUACCAGCAGAUAUUGCUCUAGUUACUUCUCUUAACCUUGCAUUUAUCGAUGCUUGGUAUACACCUACCACAAGUGGGAUUGCACAUUUGCGAGGAGCGAAAAGUAUGAUUGAACGUGUUUUGAAAAUCUUGAAUAUGGAGAAACAAGAUAGCGAUAAAGAAUGUGAUAAGCUAGUGUUUGUGGAUAAAUAUGAAGAGCAGCUUGGUGCUAGUCAAACGCUGGGUAAGUUGUACAUUCCAAAAUCUAUUCAAUUCUUGUUUAAUGUAUGGAUAUAUUUAGAAGUAUUGGCACAAAUGACAGCUAAUUUGAACCAGGAUGAUAAAGGUGUUGAUUUGGUUGCUGCUAUAACGGCUAUGUCGCAACCAAUGUCUAAAUCUGAGUCUGCAGAAUCAACACCUUCAACGGAUCCAUUCACCAUAUCUCCUUUAUUUGAUAACUUCAGUUCAACAAAUUAUACCCCAGAAUUUAUUGAUCCAUUAUUAGGUUGUGGUCAAUCAUUGUUCCUGAUUAUGGGUAAAGUUGCAAAUCUCAGUACCAAAAUCCGUAAAUCCAAAUCCACUAGAAACUCGUUGAUUACUAUAUCAACAGCAUCAAACUUGAAACAACAGUUGAUUAAUUGGAAACCACCAAUCACUUCAACCGAUCAGGAUUUCCCUAGUCAUAAUGAUUCUACUUGGGAUAUCCCACAAUGCAUUGCUACUGCGGAAUCUUACAAGUAUGCCACAUUAAUAUACUUGCAUCAUUCAGUACCGGAAAUUCCGUCAUUAUCUUCUCAUAAAUUAGCACAAAAGAUUUUUAUAUUAAUGGCUUCAAUACCUGAAGAUUCCAACAUGCAUGUGGUGCUUAUAUUCCCAUUGUUGGUGGCUUCAUGCGAGGCCAUGCCUGGAGAAGAAAGAGAGUGGUGUAUUGACAGAUGGAGAAUUCUUUUUGAGAAAAUGGGUAUUGGUAAUGUGGAACGAGCAUUUGAUAUAGUUAAAGAAGUUUGGAAACGGAAAGAUCAAGAUGAUUCGGAAGAUUCCAAAAAUGCAAGUGAGAAUAAUAGUGCACAUAGUUCGGUUAAGGAAAAUGAAGGUGAAGGUGAAGACUAUGAUCAAUUGAGUGGAUUAAUGGCGGUUCUUAACGAUCUGGAAUCUUUAUUGCAAACUAGAGGUAUUAAUUCAAGAACUCAUUGGAGUAUGGUAAUGAAAGAAUGGGGUUGGGAAGUAUUAUUAGGAUAA